AAACCCCAAUUUCUUCCCACUGUGCAGAAGCCAUCAUGAAUCAUGAUACGAGCUUGAUGCGCCCAUGAUAUUUUAAUCAUGGGUCGGUCGAGAUUUGAACCGACAAAGGUUUGCCGUGAGUGUAUAAGCUACAGUUUCUAGCCCAACCUCUGUCAGGGCGGUGUAUAUCAAUAUAUAUAUAUCUUUAACAGUUUCACCGUGACAGUCGAGCGCUGACUCGGAGCUACUGACCGCGAUGAGCCACCUUGAAUUGGACAACCUCCAAGCCUCCAUAAACAAUGCGCUAAACAGUUUACGCGUCGCGAUGGACGGGUCGAGGUUGCCGCCUUUGUCCUCACAGUAUGGAACCGACAUACACCCUUUGGAUAGCAUGGACCAGCCCACACCAGUUGGUGUAUACCAAGCCCGUCGAGCAGCGCUAGCAUGUGUUGUAGAGCUCAAGAAUCUUCUGCAACAUCCCUUUGAGAAAGCCGCUGAGAGCGCCUUUGCCAUGUAUGAUUUUGCUUCUGUUCAAGUCUUUACUGAACAUGGCAUCGUGGACCGCAUGGCGAAAGAGCCGUCUGGCAUCUCUGUCAAAACUCUCCAAGCAGAACUGGACCUCGACUCCCAUAAGCUCACCACGGUAUUACGCCAUCUGUCAGUUUGUGGUUGGAUUCGAGAGACUCAGGGUGGUAUUUUUGCCUUGAAUCGCUCUUCUCGCAUUUUACUACAAGGCCAAAGGGGUCGUGCAUUGAUAACGGUUCCCAACAACAUCAGGGUCGCAGAGGCUCUUCCUCGAUGGCUUGUGCAUCCCGAAUUCAGGUUCUCCAAGUCUCCAGAUCACACCGCAUUUCAACUUGCGAACAAUACUACAAAGCCAUUCUUCGAAUGGGUGAAAGAUGAUAGGAAUUAUCUCAGUCGAUUUUCAGCGUGUGUUGAGGCACUCGGCGAAUAUGUGACCCCAGGAAUAUUAUCGGACUACCCAUGGCAAACGUGCUCAGAAUCAACUAUUGUUGAUUGUGGGGGAGGUAAAGGAAGCCUAGCUAUCGCCCUCGCUAAUAGAUUCCCUGCCCUCCGUCUUGUGAUCCAGGAAAGGGGGGAGAUGGUCGGGCCUGCUGAAGCUAACAUCAAGACCCGUUUGGAUCCCAACUCAGUUCAUGGCACAGUAGUUGCUGAAGCCCACGACUUGUUCUCUGCUCAACCACGCACUGGGGAUAAUUAUACCUUCAUGUUACGACAUGUUCUGCACAACUGGCCCGAGGCUCAAGCUGUGAACAUCCUAGAGAAACUUGCUGCUGCUGCUGGGCCAAAGUCCAAGAUCCUGAUCAUCGAGAGAAUCUCUGGGCACUAUCCCGAUACUCAUGUCGAGCUUGAGCAUAGACCAGCAAACACAAUGAAUAACACAGCUUCUACUUCCCUCAUAACCGAACAAACCAUUCUCAACUCCUCAUCUCGCAUGCCACAGGCACUCGCCUUACAUCUCUUGUGUAUUUUGAAUUGCCACGAAAGGACAAUGGAUCAGUGGCGAACUAUAAUUUCCCGGGCUGGCCUUGUCAUCACAGGGGUGUACAAGCUUAGGGCUUACGUGUCUAUCAUGGAGUGUCGCGCUAUCCGUACAGACGAGAGUUGAGAUGACCUUAUAUUGACAACUCGUUAUCUGCCAUAAA